AGAGAAAAGCGGAGACAGGCAGACAUCAUUUCUCUCUCGGCGCCUUUGGACUAUCCACACGAAGGCAAAGAGCCAAGAAAUUAAAAAUAUAUCUAUUUUUUCAUAACAGGAAUAUAAUUAUCUAAAUUAAUUUAGAAAAUUAGCCAUGGCCGACACAGCUGUUGACAAAACCGCAACUGCAGAGGUUACAGCCAAGGAGCUAAAGGAGAAGAAAGAAGUGAAGAAGAAGGAGGAGGAGAAGGAGGAGGUGAAAGAGGAGGGGGAGGAGGACGACGACGACGAGGAGGAGGAGGAGGAGGAGGAGGAGGGGGAGAAAAAUAAGACCGACAACGGGGACGCACCUGCCAAUGGCACAAAUGGUGCUGAUCACAGCGACAAAGUGGAGAAAGGAGAGGAGAAACACAAGAAUGGAGAUGGAGCUGCAGAGGAGGCGCCCCCUGCUGAGGAGACUGACGCACCGCCUGUGAAGCGUGCAGCUGAAGAGGAAGAGGAAACGGUGGAGACAAAAAAGCAGAAGACAGAGAAAAAUGGAGAUUCAAAAGAAGCAGAAGUGAAGGCUUAGGUAUCUGCCCUGCUCCUUGUUUGCGGCUCUGUCCCACCAGCCUGGUCAACAUCGUGUUGUAGAGCUUGUGCUUUCUGUACCGUUUGAGAAUCAUUUUUUUGUUUGCUCCCAUGUUAUCACAUUGCACUGGAGUCCUGAAACAUAGUGGCCCUGCAUCCUUUUUUUAUGAAAUGUUAUUUAUUGGUCUUUAAAAUGAGCUUUUUUUUAACUUGUACAAAUUGGGCCACACCAUGAGAUAAUUUUUUCAUUUCUUGAGGUUUUAUAUCGGUAUGAUAGAAGCACAAUCUCUGUUGUCAGUGCUGACCAGAUGAUUCAUACGUACAGGCAGCUGCUCAACUCCAUGGCUCAUUUUGACCUCAGAUUCACGUAAGGACCAAAGAUAAGUUUUAAGCAGGGGCUAAUGGACAGUUGUUAGCAUUAUUAGUUGAGGCAUAUUUUGUUGUUGUUGAGCUGCUUGUUAAUCCUUGGCCUGGCUGCCUGGUUAACAUAACAGAUGGUGCAAAUAAAUAAAGGGGCUCUGUCUUAUGCCUCCAUGAUAAGAUUUCUUGACCUUGUUGUAUGGAGGCAGGAUUUUGCAAUGUUAAUUAACCCCUCUUAAAUCUUAACGCUUUGGUCACUUGUUCUGUAUGCAUUCCAUGCAAGUUUGUACCAUUUCUACUUUUAUUUUUCUUACAAUUUCAAUGAGUUUUAUGUUAUGGCUGGGUAGCCCAGUUUUGCGUCUAAAACUGCCUUGUUCUGAACCAGAAUGACAUUCGGUUACUUCAGCCACGGCUUUGUAUAUUCUGAUCAACAAAUAAAUUGUCUUUUUACUUAAAAGUAUA